CUGACCAUACUCAGCAUCCAGUUAAAGUUUUUGAACCUGAACGAUUCUUAUCCUUAGAAUAUAAGCGAGUGAAAUUUAAAUAGAAAACCAAAUAGAAAAAAAAACACACAUUUCAACAUUUAAAAUUUACAUUAAAUUUAAUAAAAAUGAAAAUCUUUCUAAUCAUAUCAGCAUUUCUGCUUGUAUCAGCAUUAGCAGCCGAUGAAAAAACAAAGAAAAAAGCUAUACCAUUAGAAAAAAAAUUAGAUAAAAGAGGUCUUCUCAAUUUAGGUUAUGGUUAUGGUAUCAACGGUUUAGACGUUGGUUAUUUAGGACAUAGUGAUCAUGGUUUACAUGGUGGUUUAGUUUUUGAACAUGGUGGUGCAGGUUUAGAUGGCUUACAUGGUUAUGGUGUUAGUGCACCAGGUAUUUAUUUAGGUGAACAUACAGAUAUACAAAAAACAGUUACAGUAUUAAAAGGUGUCCCAGUACCAUAUCCAGUUGAGAAACAUAUACCAUAUGCAGUUGAAAGACCAGUACCAUAUCCAGUUAAAGUGCCAGUACCACAACCCUAUGAAGUUGUAAAACAUGUACCAGUACAUGUUAAAGAAUAUGUAAAAGUACCAGUACAUGUACCACAACCAUAUCCAGUUGAAAAGAAAAUCCCAUAUCCAGUACAUGUGCCAGUUGAUCGUCCAUACCCAGUUAAAGUACUUGUGCCACAGCCAUAUCCAGUUGAAAAACAUAUUCCAUAUCCAGUUAAAGUACCAGUACCACAACCUUAUGCUGUCGAAAGACCAGUACCAGUACCAGUUAAAGUAGCUGUACCUGUACCAGCACCAUAUCCAGUUGAAAAGAAAGUACCAUAUCCUGUACAUGUACCAGUUGAUCGCCCAUAUCCAGUACAUGUUCCAGCACCAUAUGCUGUUCCAGUAGAAAAACCAGUACCAUAUGUUGUCGAAAAACCAGUACAUUAUCCAGUUAAAGUACCUGUUGAUCGUCCAGUACCAGUUGCUGUUGAACGACCAUAUCCAGUACCAGUUAAAGUACCAAUUCCUCAACCAUAUGCUGUUGAAAAACCAGUACCAUAUGUUGUUGAUAGACCAGUAGCAGUACCAGUAAAAGUAGCAAUUGAUCGCCCAUAUCCAGUUGCUGUUGAAAAACCAGUUCCAGUUCAUGUAGAAACACCAGUUGCUGUACCAGUACCAGUUAAGGUACCAUAUGUAGUUGAUGGUCACCAUCAUCAUAGUCAUGCAUAUGCAUCAUAUAGUGGCUUCGGUCACGGUCAUGAUUAUCAUUACCAUCAUUAAAAAUGACAAACAUUCGUUUGUUUUUUUUUUAAAUAUAUUAUAAUUGUUACAACAACAAAAAAGAGUCUCCCAUCAAAUAAUUUGUAAUUUAUAAUUGGCGAAAAAAAAUGACAAGAAAAUUUAACAAAAAAAAAAAAAAACAAUAUGCGCACUGACAUCUUUAAAUAUUUACUUAUAUUUUUUUUCAUAAGAAGAAUACGAACUAAAAUGAAAAAAAACAAAACGAACGUUUUAAAAAAUCAUGAAUUUCGACUUAGGAUUAUUAGUGAAUUUAAUAGAAUCUCUGGCCGUAGGUUUAAGAAUUACAUUUUCAUUUUUAUUUCUUUUAUAUAUUUUAUUCAUAUACGUAACUAUAUGUAUGUGUAUAUGUAGAUCAAUUUAUAGAUUUUCAUAAAAUUACCACAAAAAUGCGUUGACAUUUCUGAAGGGAUUACAAAAUUUUUAUAUUUAUUUCUGCACAAUAACAGUUGCUUAUUUUAUAUGAAUAGUAAAAAAGGUUUUUCACAUCUCAAAAUUUUGAAAAACAUUUUAAAAAAAAAAUUUAUUUUUUUCUUCUUUUAUUUUAUUUCUUCACAGGACUUCAAAGUAGCUGUGGGAUAUUAAAUAAAUUUAAAAUUAAGUAAUUACAAACAAAAAAAAUAACAAGAAAACAUUGCAGUAUUCCGGGAUGUGUUACUUUUUUUCUUGAAAUAAAGAAAGGCAAUUAGAAAUUAAUAUAAAUAGAAUUAGAAAUAAUUUAAUAAAUAUUUUGGAUCCAUCAAUUUAAGCAGAAAAUUAAGGGGAACGCAAUUUUUUUCUACUAUAUAAAAGA